ACACUCGACCGCAUGAAUACGUUCGGCGACGAGAUCUUCGGCGACCCGCAGGUCCUGAAGUCCUACUAUUACGCCAUCUCUGACCUGUCGGUCGGCGGAAUCUGCAAAUGCAACGGACACGCCAACGAGUGUUUCAGUCCACCCGGACAACGGGCCACAGGGCAACGGCGCCUCAUAUGCCGGUGCGAGCACAACACGGGAGGGCCCGACUGUAACAAGUGUCUGCCCUUCUAUAACGACCAGCCCUGGAGGCGGGCGACCGCCAAAAACGCGUACGAAUGCAAACCGUGUAGUUGCAACGGACGAUCCAAUCGGUGCUACUUUGACCGCGACCUAUGGCUUAAGACAGGACAUGGAGGUCACUGUCAGGACUGCGCCGACUUCACGUCCGGCCCUAACUGCGAGCGCUGUCGGGAUAACUACUAUACGGCGCCCGACAAUAGGUGUAUGCCCUGUAAUUGCGACCCAAUCGGCUCCAUAAGCCUGCAGUGUGUGGGCACCGGGCAGUGCAUAUGUAAGCCAGGAGUGGAGGGCCAACGGUGCGAUCGAUGCGCAGCUAAUUACUACGAUUUCACGCUAACGGGCUGUCGGUCAUGCGGCUGUAACGUGGCCGGCAGUCACAACAACACGGCCUCCUGCGAGCAGAGCACCGGGACGUGUCGGUGCAAACAGAACGUGGAGGGCCAGCACUGCGACCGCUGCAAGUCCGGCCACUUUGACCUCCGGCUGGACAACGAGUUCGGGUGUCUGCCGUGCUUUUGCUACGGACACUCUGUCACGUGCGAGACGGCACCGGGAUUCUCGAUGCACACCAUCGAGUCCACGUUCAACCGGGACAGCGAACGCUGGGCGGCCAGAGAUCGCACCGGGCGGGAGGUGCCGCACGAGUACGACUCGGCCCAGAAGCACGUGUCGGUCGCGGCCCACACGCGCGAACCCGUCUAUUUCGUGGCGCCCGACAAGUAUUUGGGUGACCAGAGGGCCUCCUAUAACCAGUUCCUGUCGUUCACGUUACGGAUCGGACAGGAGGGCCCCAGGGCUACCGUGGAGGACAUCGUGCUGGAGGGCACCGGCCUGUUGGUGUCGCAGCCCAUCUUCGGUCAGGGCAACCCACUGCCCUCCACGCGCGCCCAGCCCUACAAGUUCCGGCUGCACGAGGACGUGCGCUACGGCUGGGCACCCCGCCUGUCCACCAAGGACUUCAUUAGCGUACUGUCCAAUCUGACGGCCGUUAAGGUACGGGUGACGUACUCGCCGGCGGGCUCCGGCUUUAUGGACGACGUGCGCCUGGAGUCGGCCCGACAGCUGCCGUACAACGAGAGGGCCACGUGGAUAGAGAUGUGUAGCUGUCCUGACGGCUAUGUGGGCCAGUACUGCGAGUCCUGUGCGCCCGGCUAUAGGCACGACCCGCCGGGCGGCGGUAGUUUCAGUCAGUGUGUGCCCUGUAAUUGCAACGGACAUGCAGAGUACUGCGACCCCGACACAGGUCGGUGUAUAUGCGAACAUAACACGGCUGGGGAUAACUGCGAGGUGUGCGCGUCCGGCUAUUUCGGUAAAGCGCUGGAGGGCACCGACAAGGACUGUCAGCCCUGUCCCUGUCCACAACAGGGCGCUUGCGUUAUCUUACCGGACGAGUCGGUGGCCUGUCUUCAGUGCCCGGAGGGAUACGCAGGACACGAGUGCGACAUUUGCGUCGACGGCUACGCGGGUGACCCUAAGGGCCGCUUCGGUGGGUCGUCGGCCUGCUCUCAGUGUCAGUGCAACGGAAACAUCGACCCGAACGCCGUCGGCAACUGUAACACCACUUCCGGCGAGUGUUUGAAAUGCAUAUACAAUACGCACGGCUUUGAGUGCGAGAAGUGUUUGGCCGGCUAUUACGGCUCAGCCCUCGCGCACCCCAAAGGCAACUGCAAGCCGUGCAGUUGUCACCCGUUCGGCACCCACUCGGAGGUGCGCACGACGGCUACCGUUCCCUAUCGGGCCUCGUAUAGCCUUGCGUUCAGCGCUUUCCAAUCGCAACCGCCCCUACUCUGCAAUCAGGUCUGUAUAACAAUUGUCUACCAAUUCAAUCGCCUUUCGACCGAAACUAAUGCAGCAAAUUAUCUCAUUCGUGAACACCAGGCGAACGGUCAGUGCGACUGUCGGCCAAACGUGAUGGGCCGCCAGUGCUCUGUCUGUGUGGACGGCUAUUGGGACCUCUCGUCGGGCGAGGGCUGUAAGCCGUGCGACUGCGACCCCAUCGGCGCCUACAACCGGACGUGCGACGACCGCACCGGCCAGUGCUACUGCAAACCGGGCACAACCGGCAAACAGUGCGCCGAAUGCCUGCCCCUUCACUACGGCUUCUCGCCGAAGGGCUGCCCGGCGUGCGAGUGCGACCCCAUCGGCUCCACGGCCUCCCAGUGCGACGACAGGGGUCAGUGCCCGUGUCGACCGAACGUGGAGGGCCGCCGAUGCGAGCGGUGCCGCGAGAACAAGUACAACAAGGAGGCCGGGUGUCUGGACUGCCCGCCCUGCUAUACACUGGUCCAGGAGGCGGUCAACGACCACCGCACCAAACUCCAGGAGCUGACCCAACUGUUGGACGAGAUCGAGCGCAACCCGCAGGUCGUGGAGGACAUGAACUUCGAGCGCCAGCUCCAGGAGGUGGGCGGGAAGGUGUCGCGACUGUUGGAAGACGCGCGCCGGGCCCAGGGGUCGGACGGCUCGCUCAUCGCCCAAUUGGAGACACUGAAGGACCGGAUCCGUCGCGUGCAGGAGACGGCCGGCCGUAUAGCCGAGCAGUCGGAGCACAUCGGCUCGUCGGCCGCCUACGGCACCCAAAACAUCACUCUCGCGGAGCAGAUCAUCGAUAGGGCCAACGAAGCGCUGGCUCAGGCGCGCCGGUUCCUCGACUCGGAGGGCAUGUCGGCGCUCGAGAAGGCGCAGCAACGGUCGGAUCGGUUCGGCCAGCAAUCGGCGCGCAUGUCGGAGAUCGCCCGCGAGUCGCGCACUAUAGCCGACCGACACGAGGGGGAGGCGACAGACAUCGAGAACACGUCGCGCGAGGCGCUCAACACGUCGGACACGGCCUUCCGGUUGGCGAACGACGCGAUCGCCACGCAAGAGGCCAAUCGCGCGGAACUCAAGCGCAUCACCGAUCAGUUGGAGGACACGACAGACCUGUUGCUGAGGACGGAGAAGAUGUCGGAGGAAGCGAACAGAGGGGCGGCCAAAGCGCACGACGACGCGCUCGCCAUGUAUACGGACGUGAACGCCGUUGUGGUGCCGGCGCUGCCCAGCGAUCGCUACCGUAUGGACGCCAUCGAUAUCAUCGCUCAGGCGAAGAACCUGAUCCGCGACGUCGACGACCUGCUCGCCCGACACGCCAACACUCUGAACGGCACCCGAUAUCAGCUAAAGGACGCCAGGGAUCUGCUGGAGGAGGCGAUGCGCCAGCAAAAGGUCACCGACGAGCUGUUGGCCAAUACGGACGCGGCGUUGGAGAGGGCGAAGGCGGCCGUCGCCGGCGGCGAACGAGUGCUCGAAGACGCGAAACAGACGCUGAAGACGCUGAAGGAGUUCGACGCGACGGUACAGGAGAGCAGAGGCCGGGCGGACGACGCGCUGAAGAAAGUGCCGGAAAUCGAUCGCCUCAUCACCGACGCCGAGGCCAAGACGGGCGACGCCGAGCAGGCGCUGGAGGGAGCCCUCACGGACGCCAUCGAGGCCAGGGAUGUGGCCAAAGAGGCCCAGAGGAUAGCCGAGAAGGCCAGCGACGACGCGGACCGCAUCCGCGGAGAGGCCGGACACACGAAGACGAGGGCCGGAAAGUUGAAGGGCGUGGCCGAGGAGUUGGCCGCCGAAGUGGACGAGACGAGCGACCGUAUGAAGGGAUACGAGGAUCAGGCGAAGACCGACGGAUCGCUCGCCGAAGACGCGUUGGCCAAAGCAAAUCAGGCCAAGACGUCGGCCCAGGAGGCGGCGCGCAAAGUGGCCGACUCUGCGCGCACUGUCGACGGCAUUCUCAACGAGUUAGACGGCUUGGACGACAUCGACGCCUCCCUACUGGAAGAGCUGGAGCGCCGACUCGCCAAAGCGGAACAGGAGCUCAAAGACGCCGACCUCGACAACAAGAUGGCUGAGCUGAAGAACAUUAGGGACGACCAGAACCGGUGGAUGAGGGACUACGACGACGAGAUCGACAAACUCCGGCGCGACGUCGCCAACAUCGCCGACAUCCGCUCCUCACUACCCGACGGAUGCUUCCGGCGCCUCAAGUUAGAGCCCUAACCGCGCCCGGGAUGGCCUUCACGUCCGUCGAACCCCUCCCCC